GUGGGGCUUGGCGGUGGUGUGCGUGAGGGCGGGAUCCGGCGCCCCUGGCUGUAAGGCGCUCAAGGGUCAGGACACCAAUGGAACAGCUGUAGCCGCGCGGGCCUCGGCAGGGCCGCCAGCUCGCCGACCGCGUCUCCGCCAUGCUCAUCAAGGAAUACCGAAUACCGCUGCCGCUCACCGUCGACGAGUACCGGAUCGCCCAGCUGUACAUGAUCGCUAAGAAGAGCCGGGAUGAGACGCACGGUGAAGGCAGCGGCGUCGAGAUUCUGGUCAACGAACCGUACGAGGACGGUCCUGGCGGUAGCGGGCAGUACACACACAAAAUCUACCACGUCGGCAGUCACCUGCCCGGCUGGUUCAAGAGCCUGCUGCCGAAGUCAGCGUUGACGGUGGAGGAGGAAGCAUGGAACGCCUACCCGUACACCAAGACGCGCUACACCUGCCCGUUCGUCGAGAAGUUCAGCCUGCAGAUAGAGACGUACUACUUCAACGACGGCGGUCACCAGGAGAACGUGUUCCAGCUGAGCAAAGCAGAGCUGGGCGGGCGAACCGUAGAUCUGAUAGAUGUGGUGCGCGACCAGCUGGGCGUGGGCGACUACGUGCGCGAGGAGGACCCGCGCCUCUUCGUCUCGCAGCGUACCGGCCGCGGCCCGCUCGGCGACGACUGGAUCAGCGAGUACUGGAGCGACUGUCAGGGGAAGCAGACACCGCUGCCCAAUGGCCGCGCCCUGAUGUGCGCCUACAAGCUGUGCAAGGUCGAGUUUCGCUACUGGGGCAUGCAGAGCAAGAUCGAAAAGUUCAUCCACGAUAUCGCGCUGCGCAAGACUAUGCUGCGCGCGCACCGCCAGGCGUGGGCGUGGCAGGACGAGUGGCACGGCCUCACCAUCGACGACAUCCGCCGCAUCGAGGCCGACACGCAGCGGCUGCUGGCGGCGCGCUUCGGCGGCGCCGACGAGCCGGCCGGCUCUGACGCCGAGCCGGAGCGCGCCGGCGAGCCGGCCGAGCGCGGCACCGAGGCGGCCGACGCUGAGGCGCGCCGCAGCCUCUGGUCACGCAGCAGCUCCCGCCUGACGCUCCACUCGCCCGGCUCUGUGUCGGGCAAGGCCGGCCUGGAGGCGCAGCUGGCCAACUGGCGCAUGGAGAGCAUCCGGCGCGACUCCGUCAACGCCUCCUCCGAUGAGGAGUUCUUCGACUGCGAAGGCUUUGUGAUACCCACUAUCAAGGAGGAGGUGGACGAGCGCGCCUCGCUGGCCCGCUGGAGCAGUCUGGAGCUGCUGUCGCAGGAGGCCGCCGCCGGUCGCGACGACAUGGCUCCCCUGCAGCCGAACGGCCGGCUGGGUGAGCCGUCACCGUCGCUGGACCACACGACCGGCGUCCCGGCCCCGCCGGCCGGCGGCUCCUGCAGCUGCGACAUCCUGCUGCUGGUGCUGCACUCGGGGAGCGUGCUCGACGCGCAGGUGGAUCGCGGCACCAAGCGCUCCGACGUGACCACGUUCCGCGCUUCGGUGGAGGCGAUCCUCACGCAGCACUACCCGUCCCUGCUCGGCCGGCUCUGCAUCCGGCUGGUGCCCUGUCCGUCCAUCUGCGCCGAAGCGCUCUCCGUGCUCACCAGCCUGAGCCCGUACAGCUUCGCGUCUGUGCCGGCGGCGGGCGCGGCGGCCGGCGGCGACGCGUGGACGGCGGCCGACCCGCUGCCGGUGGCGGCCGUGCCGCUGCUGGCGGCCGGCUCGCCCGACCACCACGACACGGUGGCGCGGCUCGCCAGCCAGAUGAACCGCGUCUUCCAGGAGUUUGUCCGCUCGCCGGCCGGCCUCGGCUUCCAGGGCCAGGUCUCCAUCAUCGCCGACUCCAUGGGCUCGGUGCUGGCGUAUGACGUGCUGUGCUCGUGCUGCGACGAGGAGGAGUCGGCGCCGCCGCCAUCGCCCGGUGUGUGCCCCUUCACCCCCGCCCCGGCCAAAGGUAGCGAGGCGUGGCUGAGUGCCGGCUCCGUCUCCGCCGACGACUACGACUCGGACUGUUCGACCAGCCACUCGCGCGAGCUGCGCCGCUGCAAGUCGGAUGCACCGCGCGCGCCGGGCGAGCCUACCGCCGGCCGGACACUCUCUGACAGCGAGCCGCUCUCCCGCCAUCUGUCGCCCGGCCGCCGCACGUCCGGCUCCAGCGACGGCCACUGGCGGCUGGAGUUCGAGGUGACCGACCUGUUCAUGUUCGGCACGCCGCUGGGGCUCGUUCUGGCCGCCCGCCGCAUGUACCUACCCGACGAGAACCGAGCGCCGCCGCGGCCUGCCUGCCAUAACGUCUACAACCUGUUCCACCCGACCAACCCGGUGGCGUGCCGUCUGGAGCCGCUGAUCUGCGCCAGGUUCGCGCAGCUCUCGCCGGCCAACGUGUGCCGCUACCACAAGUACCCGCUCGGCGACGGCCAGCCCGUCCACCUGCUGGAGUACGUGCAGAGCCAGCCGGAGCUGCUGGCCGACUACACUGACGAGCGACGCGGCUUCUGCCGACGCGAGUCGGCCGUCUCCGUCGUCUCCACCAUGUCCGGCAUGGGCACGGCUCAGCUGCAGACCGUCAACAGCAUCAUGCAGCGCUGGUGGGGCAACAAGCGCAUCGACUACGCCCUCUACUGCCCGGACGGGCUGGCCAACUUCCCGGCCCACGUGCUGCCGCACUUGUUCCACGCCAGCUACUGGGAAAGCCAGGACGCCAUCGCCUUCAUCCUGCGCAAUCUGCUCGGCGGAGACUUGCAUGGCGCCGCCGCCGACGGCCGCGACGCCGGUGGCGCGCUGUUCGCGCCCGGCCAGCCGCGCGAGAAGUGGAUCCGCAAGCGCACCUCGGUCAAGAUCAAGAACGUGACGCCCAACCACCGCGGCAACGACGUGGUGGUGCGGGAGGGCCUGCCGCAGGUGCUGGCCGCCCGCUUCACGUACGGCCCGCUCGACAUGGUCUCCCUCAGCGGGGAGAAGGUGGACAUUUACUACAUGGCGGAGCCGCCGGGCGGCGACUGGACGCUGCUGGCCACGGAGGUGUCCGACAAGAGCGGGCGCGUCAGUCACACGGUGGCGCCGGCGCAUGCGCUCGGCUUCGGCCUCUACCCCAUCAAGAUGGUGGUCCGCGGGGACCACACGUCCUGCGACUUCCAGCUGUGCGUGGUGCCGCCCAAGACCGAGUGCGUCGUCUUCAGCAUCGACGGCUCCUUCACGGCCAGCAUGUCGGUGACGGGCCGGGACCCCAAGGUUCGCGCCUCGGCCGUCGACGUGGUCAGACACUGGCAGGAGCUCGGCUACCUGGUGCUGUACGUGACCGGGCGACCCGACAUGCAGCGGCGCAAGGUGCUCUCCUGGCUGUCGCAGCACAACUUCCCGCACGGCCUGGUCUCGUUCGCCGACGGCCUCACUACGGAGCCUCUCAAGCACAAGGCCGACUACCUGCGCCAGCUGGUGGAGGAGUCGGGGAUGAUCAUCCACGCCGGCUACGGCAGCAGCAAGGACAUCGGCAUGUACAGCAGCGUCGGCCUCAAGCCGGAGCAGAUCUACAUCGUCGGCAAGUUCUCCAGGAAGCAGCAGGCCAACUUCCUGACCGAGGGUUACGCGGCGCACCUGGCGGAGCUGACCAGCGUGGGCGGCAGUCGUGCCGCCAAGGGCAACGCCCGGAUGGUGCUGCCCCGCGGCUGCUUCGGGCUGAACCCGGCGCUCACCCGGCGCAGGACUCUGGAGCACUGGCCCACGUGGCCGCCGCCCGAGCCGGUCGGCCGGCGGCGCGCUCUACCUACCCCGCCGAUGCCCCGCGGCCGCUUCUUUUGGUCGGCCAAGCGGGCCACUUCGUUCCCGGCUACGUCAUGCGUGACGUCAGCGCCGGCGCCGCUGCUGCAGCAGCCCUCCGUCGGCGACGGCCUCUUCAGCCGACGCAAGCUGGCGCCGCGCGGCAGGGUCAACAGAUAACAGUCCCACGCGCGCGCAACAGAUGGCGCCGCCGGCGCGGAGUCGCCGUCCCACCCGUCAGGUCCCGCGGCCAGCAGUCUGAGCAUGUUCGCGAGCGGCGCGGUCCGCGUCCGCGCCGCGUCGCGCCGCUCCUCGGCCGGCGCCCGGCGCCGCCCGGACCGGCGCGCCGUCGCCACGGCGCUCACCACCGGCCGGCCGUGCGGCGCCACGCUGGCAAACGAUGGAGUGCCGGUCCGGGGCGCCGGCGUCGGCUGGAUCAAUACGCUUUCUCGUUGGUGUGAGAACCGACGGGGCAUUUGUCAGUGUUCAAACGCGCGGCGGACGCGCCCUUACUCUGGCCUCCGCCGCCGGUCCUGUUGGUGUCCAGAUCUGGCGGCCCCGGCGGUGUCCGUUCUCGUCGCGCGGCCCGGCGCCGGCGAGCUCCCGCUCGGUCGCCUCCGCCCGAGGCGGGGCAGCGAGAUGAGCGGUCCGAGACGAGGGCCGCCGCCGCGGGACGGCAGCCGCCUGAUGCGGAGCCGCUGCGGUCAGCGUCGCCCCCUCCCUCUCCUGGGACGGGGAGGCGUGGUCGCUGCGCCGCCUGCCCGCUUUAAUACAGUAUUUGUGGCGCGGCGGCGGCCUAGCAGCCCUCACGUACCCCGUUCAUGCCCAGCUUACCUCCGUCGACGAGGCAGAUAAGCGGGCUGGCAAGCGCUUUAUCCGCGAUAUUUUAGCUGUGUAGUGGUCGCCGAUCGACGACAGACGAGUACGACGCUUGUGUAGCGUGUGACAACCGGAAGUGUGGGGAAAUAAUGUGUACGCUAUUACCUGUUGUCUGGCCAGUAUUGUCACUUCGGGUGCCGCUGGUUUUUAUUGUUGCUGUGUCAGAGACUGGUUUGAUAGCCUUUUAUCCCAAAUUGCAUUCGCUUAGUGUUUGUUUCACGUGAUCUAAGUCAUUAUUUCAGGGUGCUAGUUAGACAAGCAUCGAAUUUGUGUGCAGGCUAUGUUUUCAUGUGCUGGUGCCAUUUGUUUCGCUCGCGAAGAGAUAUCAGUGAGUCGUUGUCUCGACUGCGUUUUACAUUAGUUGACGUGAGUGUCCACGUGGACACGUGGUCCAUACGCCGAUGCGCCUCUGUUCACCUCCGGACACCGGCCCCAACCCUGCGUUUGAUUGGCCACACCGUUGCCCCGUCGCCGCGUGACGAGCGAGAAGUUAAUCGUGUCGAACAGACGUACGUGCGUGUUGUCAGCACAUUGUGAGCGUCCCAUAUAUUGCUGUCGUCCCCCGGUGACCGCAAAUUGCACCAGGCCCGCUUCGGCUGCCCCGCCGCUGGGUGCCGUUCGGACCGCCCGGCCCCUUCUGUGUUCAUUCCGUUGGUUCAGUCUGCCCUUGCGCUGGGUGAAUCUACCUGUCUUUGUAACGACGAGCGCAGUGCGCCGCGCUCACCCAGCAGCCGUGUUUGUGUAACUCAGGGGAGGAGCAUCACUGAAGCACUGUUAUGCAUUCAUUUUCAUUCAGCCGCUGUGGCUCGGUGUUGAGCUUGGGCGCCCGCUCUGCGCGCCCGCGGCCUCGGGCUCCACCGCGGCGGCCGCGCGGAGUCGGCCGGCGCGCGCCGCCGCCACGUGCCCGGUACAAAUCAAAACAGGCGCGCAGGGCCGGUCCGCGCCGCGGAGCAAUACGUACAGGCCCGGGCCGGCCGGGCGGGGCGCGGAGCGGCGGCCGCCGGCGGCCCGCG